AUGAAUGACAGGCCCAUAGAAGACGAGACGUGCAAAACCAUUAGGCAUGCAACAAGUGGAAGCUCUCUUAGAUCUAUCAUCCUCUACGAUGACACUUUGCACAAAAAGAGCAAAGACAACAUCAUGGAUGCCUUGGCACCUUUUGCUCAUGACCGUGUGUGUGGGAUGGCGAUGGUCCAUGGACCCAUGAUAGCUGGCCCAUGUUCUUGUGGGUCGACGACCCAUAUGGGCAAUUCAAAUAUCAAAUUUGUGCAGGAUGAACAAAGAUUUCUCAAUAAGGCAGAUUCGCAAUCAUUGGGACAAAACUCAUAA